CACAUAAAACUCAAAAAAGAAGAGUACUCACCCAUCUUUGCUUUUCUUGUUUUGGAUUUUGUUGUAGAUCUUACAAAGAAAGAGAAAAUUGAAAGAUGAUUCAAGAGCUGUUUGGUGGAGGCGCAACAACACUUGUAAGAGAGAGGAAUAUCUCCAUAAAUGGAAUUUUAGAAGGUUCAUCCUCACCUUCACCAUCUCCUUCUUCUUCUGCAAACACAAUAACCACAGCUGCAACUACAACAGCAACUCCAAAUACUACUGCUGCUACAUCAUCAUCAACCUCACAAUCUUUAGAUCACCAAAAUUUGAGGUGCCCAAGAUGUGAUUCUUCCAACACUAAAUUCUGUUACUACAACAACUACAAUCUCACCCAACCUCGCCAUUUCUGCAAGACUUGCCGACGUUAUUGGACUAAAGGUGGUGCACUCCGUAAUGUACCAAUCGGCGGCGGUUGCCGGAAGAACAAGAACAGCAGUGUUUCGAUCUCCACCGGAAAAUCUAGCGGCGGUAAAGUGAAGACGGCGUCGGAUAUAGUAAAGGGGAAUAUUGGAUGUAGUUUUGAUCAUGAGCCUCAUUCCAACAACCCUAUUUUAUGGGCUUCUCCACAGAAUUCUCAAUUGUUGGCCUUACUGAAAGCCUCCCAGAACCCUAAUCCGAUGGGAUCACCCAUGACAUCUGAUCAACAUCAGUCAGCAGUUGCCACAGGUGCAUUAAAUACAAGAACCCUAAGCUUAGAUCAUCCUUUAAGUCAGAUUCCUAUUGGUCUCUGCAACUCUUUCUGGAGAAACAAUCAAUAUCAUCAACCACAGCAACAUCAUCAUCACCAUCAGCAGCAACAACAACAGCAUCAGCAGCAGCAGCAGGGAUUGUUAGUUGGUGAGGUUCAAAACUCUGGGGUUCAAGAGCUGUACCAGAGGUUAAGAUCAUCUUCAAAUUACUACACUGAUCAUCAUUCCCAGAUGGGUUUCAGCAAUGUGGCUUCUUCCACACCAUCUUCUUCAGCAAUCUUGGAACCAAAUCAAGUUUCUGGUGGGGAAUUAGGUUAUUGGAGUACUCCUUCAUUCUCAUGGUCUGAUCUACCCACCACCAAUGGUGCAUUCCCUUAAGAAUCUAAUUAUUAUCUCAUCUCUUCCUUGACAAACUAAUUAUCUCAUCUCUUUCCUUCAUCAAUUGUUGUUGUUGUUGUUGUUGCUUGUUUGGGGUUAUGGUCUUUUUAUGUUAUUACUUCUUGAUGUCUUUGUGUGUAUGUGUGCUUAGCUUGUUAAUUAGUAU